UUAAAGUAGGCUUCUUCAAUAUACAUUUAAGCAUAUUCGCCAUAUUUCAAUAACACAGGGUACAAGAUUUGGUUAAUAUUAAAGCGCUAUGGCUUUUUGUACAAAAUUCAAAAUUGCUACUUGGUUUUCUUCCAUAAGUCCACGCAUACAAAGUUAUAGUUCUGUGCAAAAAGAUGGCGAAAUUAGGAAGAAUCGACUUCGCAAUAAACGGUUGAUCAAAAAUGCACAAAUUAUAGACAAAACAAAUGAGUGUUCAAGAAGCGCAUUUCAUAAGGAUUGUUUUGCCAGCGGCGCAAGUGCCAAGUAUAUGGAAUAUCUUUUCUACAAAUGGGUUAAGAACGUGAAUUCAGUACACAAGUCUUGGAAUUACUACUUUAAUGAUCUUGUGGGAACUAAGAAAAUUGUUAGCAAACCAAAGACCCCAAAUGAGUUUAAAGUCGUUUUAGAUGAUCUAACCCAAGCGCAUGAUUCUACUGAUCCAGAACCCAUUGCAGAAAUGCAGAAAUGGAUCCAAGCGUCCAAUCAGCAAUCCAAUCGGCAGCCCACUACUAAUAUGAGCAGCAAUGGUCCAAAUAGUUUACCACCACUGACACCAGAACAACCCACCAUAGUGGGCCACAUCAACUUGUCUCCAUUCAAAGACGCCCCAAGCGCGCCCAAGAGCAUUAAAGAUUUGAUGGAACAUCAACCAAAAUCAAAGAGUUCUGUAAUGAAGAAGACUCAACAUUUCCCAAAUAUGAAAGAGGUGAAAACUGCCAUACAACGAAAACGAAUCAGUGCUGGACAAAAUGAAAUGGCAAAGCAGUCGAAGAAGACAGAUUCAAGUGGUGGCAUAUUGACAAAGAAAUCUAGUGAACCUAUCCGAAAAUAAUGAUACUGAGUAUAGGCUUGAAGUUCGGUAUUCAUAGUUGUCGUGUAUAUCGGAAUAAGUAGACUAUAGUUUCAGUUGUCACAGCAUCAAAAUGCUCAGCAUAUAGUCACCAAAAAAAAAAUAAAUUUCUUACAAUUAUACAAAUAAAAUUUCUCAUCCAAAUUACAAAGCAAUAAAUUUUUUUUUUUUGGGACUUUGGCAACAUGAAAAUUAACCCCAUUUAUGGCUUCCGAAAUAAUUGUAUGUUUAUCAACAGAUCGCGCCAAAAACUUCAUGGUGGUGCAGUGCUUGCUGCAAAGUCGUCGAAUCAGUCUUUGUUCGAAAAGAACAAACGCGAUAGUGUUGUUAAUGGCAGCAAUGCUGUGUACGUAGAGAAACUCUUCUCCAAAUGGAGCAGGGAUCCCGGUUCAGUUAAUGCGUCUUGGAAUGCGUAUUUCGGCGGCAAAGCUUCAACUCAUAAUUUGCCCCAGCCAAAAAGUCGAAAAUCAUCCCAAUCGUUAGAAGAGAGUCUAUCAGGAGGAGGAGGAAAAGGUGGAUCACUAGGCGGUGGUUCAGGCGGCGGAAAAGCUCCCACUAUUCAAGGUCCGAAUGCAGACUGGAAGUAUAUCGAUGAUCAUCUGGUGGUGCAAGCCAUUAUCAGAGCGUAUCAAACACGUGGUCAUUUGGCUGCAGAUUUGGAUCCCUUGGGUAUUGUUGGACCUACUGGCAGCUCUCUGUCUCCGGAAAACAAGAAAGUCCAGGCAACUAAGGCUGUGCUGCGGCAGCAUUAUUAUUACACUUUUAAUGAUUUGAAUGCUGUGUUCAAGUUACCUUAUACCACAUUGAUUGGAGGAGACGAGCAGUUCCUGCCACUGCAAGAAAUUCUAGAUCGCUUGGAACGAGUUUAUUGCGGUCACAUUGGUGUGGAGUACAUGAUGAUAACGUCGUUAUAUAAGUGUCAUUGGAUUCGACAGCAUUUCGAGAAACCGGGUGCAAUUGAUUUCAAGCCAGAAGAUAAAAAACUGAUAUUAGAACGUCUCACACGCUCCACGGGCUUUGAAAACUUCUUGGCCAAGAAGUUCAUAUCGGAGAAGCGUUUCGGCAUUGAGGGUUGCGAUAUUCUGAUACCGGCCAUGAAAGAGAUCGUCGACGAAUCCAGCCGUUUGGGCGUGGAAUCCAUUUUCAUUGGAAUGGCGCAUCGUGGACGCCUCAAUGUGCUGUCUAAUGUCUGCCGCAAGCCAAUUGCAGAUAUUCUAACACAAUUCCAUGGGAUUAAGGCCAUGGAUCCGGGCUCAGGCGAUGUCAAGUAUCAUUUGGGUGUGUUCACCGAUCGACAGAAUCGACAGUCAAACAAACGUAUACGCAUCACCGUCGUGGCCAAUCCCUCGCAUUUGGAAUUUGUGAAUCCCGUGGUGCUGGGUAAGGCGCGUGCCGAGAUGUUCCAGCGAGGCGACAUCAACGGUGACAAGGUGCUGCCCAUUAUACUGCAUGGCGAUGCAUCUUUCUGCGGCCAGGGCAUCGUCUUUGAGUCCAUUCACAUGUCCGAGCUGCCAGCCUACACCACAUAUGGCACCAUUCACAUUGUGGUCAACAAUCAGGUUGGCUUUACCACAGAUCCGCGUUUCUCGCGCUCCUCCCGUUAUUGCACCGAUGUCGCUCGUGUGCUGAAUGCGCCCAUUUUCCAUGUGAAUGCCGAUGAUCCCGAGGCGUGUAUUCAUUGUGCUCGUGUGGCCGCCAAAUGGCGUGCCAAAUUCCACAAGGAUGUGGUCAUUGAUCUUGUGGGCUAUCGUCGCAACGGUCACAAUGAAGCCGACGAGCCAAUGUUCACCCAACCACUGAUGUAUCAACGCAUACGAAAACUUAAGCCUGUUACAGUGACUUAUGCUGAGAAGCUCGUCAGAGAAGGGGUUAUCAAGAUGGACGAUUAUACUGCUAUGGUCAGCGGGUACGAGAAGAUCUGCAACGAAGCCUUUGAGGAAUCAAAGAAGAAUGAAUCAUUUAAGUAUUCGGAUUGGCUGGAUUCACCCUGGCCAGGAUUUUUCCAGGGUCGCGAUCGUCUUAAAAUGUGUCCCACAGGUGUCAGUGUCAAAGUCCUCGAGCACAUUGGCAAUAUUUAUUGCGCACCGCCACCUGAAGAGCGUAAUUUCGCUGUUCAUAAGGGUAUUCUUCGAAUUCUGGGCCAACGAAGAAAAAUGUUAAAAGACCGCAUAGCAGAUUGGUCGCUCGGCGAAGCCUUUGCCUUUGGAACGCUCUUGAAGGAUGGCAUACAUGUGCGUGUGUCCGGUCAGGAUGUGGAGCGUGGCACCUUCUCGCAUCGUCAUCAUGUGCUACAUCAUCAAAAGGAGGAUAAAGUGAAGUACAAUCCUUUGCAGUACUUGUAUCCUGAUCAGGCGAAGUACGACAUCUGCAACAGUUCGCUAUCCGAGUGCGGUGUGUUGGGCUUCGAUCUUGGUUAUUCGAUGGCUAGUCCUCACACUCUGGUCAUUUGGGAGGCUCAAUUUGGUGAUUUUGCCAACACGGCGCAGCCAAUAUUUGACACAUUUUUGUGCAGCGGCGAAACCAAAUGGGUGCGACAAACCGGCUUGGUUGUCUUGUUGCCCCAUAGCAUGGAGGGCAUGGGCCCCGAGCAUUCCUCUGGGCGUAUUGAACGCUUUUUGCAGCUGAGCGACGAUGAUCCCGAUGUGUAUCCCGACACCUCAGACUGUGACUUUGUGGCGAGGCAACUAAUUGCUACGAACUGGAUUGUUACGAAUCUAACGACGCCAGCUAAUCUUUUCCAUGCGCUGCGCCGUCAAGUCAGCGGCGGCUUUCGCAAACCAUUGAUCAAUUUUGCGCCCAAAUCUGUGCUCCGUCAUCCGAUGGCACGCAGUCCCUUCCGGGACUUUAACGAGUGCAGCGCCUUUCAGCGUAUCAUACCUGAAACGGGCGAGGCUGGGCUUAAACCAGAGUGCGUCAAAAAGUUGGUGUUCUGCAGUGGAAAGGUUUAUUACGAUUUAAUAAAGGAGCGUGAUGAUCAUGAACAGAACGAUACGGUGGCCAUUGUGCGGAUAGAACAGAUUUGUCCAUUCCCAUAUGAUCUGAUUACGAAGCAGCUGGAAUUGUAUAAGGAUGCUGAACUCAUAUGGGCGCAAGAGGAGCACAAGAACCAGGGUGCUUGGUCAUAUGUGCAGGCGCGCUUUGACACCACGAUCUUAAACUUCCAAAAGGAUACCCGUUGCGUUACCUAUCAUGGACGACCACCAAACUCGGCGUCAUCGACUGGCAACAAGGUGCAGCAUUAUAAUGAAUACAAUGACAUUAUGAACGGCAUCUUUGGCAAGCUAACCGAAGCUAACAAACAGCGAUUGGCGGACCAAAUAAAAGCGCAGCAGGAUCGCGCAUUAAAGGAAAGCGCUGCUAGUUACUCCAAGUCAAAGAAGGAAAAGGUAAAGAAGGCUGAGAAAAAGGAUGAUAAACCAAAGCAGGCGUCAGGAGCUGACGACAAGAAGAACUCUAAAUCCAAAAAGGAUGAAAAAUCCAUGAAAGCAGCAUCUGGUAAAUCUGCUAAAGAUGCCAAAAAGAAGAUGAAAAAGGCCGCUUCGCCUGCCGAUGAAGCUGCGCCGGCGCCGAAGUCAGCGGGCAUGAGAUCGGCGCCUGCGGCCAAGCCGAAGCCGUCACGUAAGGCGGAACCAGCUAAAGAUGAUCAGCCACAGUCAAGUCAAAAAUCAAAGAAACCCGGUAAAGAUGACAAGCCAGACAAGUAACACAUUACAGCCGAUUGGAAAGUAUUAAAUCUAUGUUCAUUGUAACUACAAAAUCUUCAUUCACAUUCAAAUACUUUAAAAAAUAAAUGCUAAUAACAUA